UGCGUCAGCGCGACUCUUUCGUCACACAUCGCGCGCUGCACGUUUGGCCGCCGUUCAGAACCAGCGCUCCUCACCAAUUUUCAUCGUGUUCCGACCCACAAUAUCUUCACGCUCGUUACUGCACACGCAUCAUCUUCGCUCCGCUCCGGACUCUAGCCACGCCAGCAAGAAGCUCAUUCAGUACCGGCAGAGGACGGCACUUGUCCUAGUUAUAUCGUUGUGUCUACAGACUGCCACAACACAGCUCCCUGAGACGCACAAGCACCGUCCUGCCAACCUUGUCCUUACGUAGACACGCCUUCCUCCCGCUAUCCACCGUGCAUAUCCCCAGACAUCAGGAUGGCUAGCCCAAAAGAGUUAGACGGUCACUUUCAGGCUCCUGCAACGUCGAGGGAGAAAGACAUCCGCAAGGUCUUCAAAUUCUUGAAGGACGGCCAUGAGGACGGAAAACCGUUCGGGAAACUUGUCAGCGCCGUCGAAUGGUUCGUACCUACCAGUCCGUCUUCUGAUAGCUGGUUGUUUUCGGACGACGAACGGCAUCGGCUCAGGGCUGAGAUUAUUAUUAAUUUGAUCGACGCGCUUGAAGCCCGAUUGGUCCAAAGACGCGAAGUUGAUGCGAGCUAUCCCAGUGACGUGCGGAGGUUCUUGAAAGCGACCGAGGGCAAAAACUUGAUCGUUGACGUUAUCGAAAGCGUGUUGAUGGGUUCGAAGAAAGCCAUAACCACGAACCCUGAGGGAGCCACUGACACGAAUCCUAUGCCAGUCGCCACGGAGGCUAGGGAGAAAGUAGUGGCAGUUGAGAACGAAAGUUUUCGUGGAUUGGAUCUUAUCGUCGAAGGGAAAGGAGAUGACCUGGCUGGUAUCAGUGGAGGUUCUCCCAGCGCCAACUCGCGCUACGUUAUGACCGGUGGCGCCGGAACCUCAUCCAAGUCUGUCAGAACAAACCUUACUAGCAACGACAACCACAGUGGUCCCUUACCUACGGACUCUACACCUUCUCAGUUCGUCGAUACUGUACUCACAGAGACUGUUGAUGCUAUGCCCACGGUUCCUGGUAGUAACGUACUCAGGACUUCUGCUGACGCUGGUCCGAUGGUGUCCAACCUGACCUGGGGCGGUCAAAAUAUCUCCCCAACAACGGCGAUAUACUAUCAUGUUUUUCCUGGAAACACGUCACUCCCUUUGAUGGAUAACCAACACGACCCCACGGUCGUUGUUGCGCAAGGUCUGCUAUGUCCAUGUGGCCGCCAUUACCACAACGUGCCCAUUGUCAUCCCAACCUGCGGCUCUGAUCUGCAAAGCCUCGGCAGCAUUAUUCAACCAACCCUUCAUGACCGAAGGGACUCGGGAGGGCAGUUGUUGGGGAGCAGAGGAUGGUCGAACCGCAGGAUGGUCUUGUCUUCGGUUGUACCACCGCUUGUUAUGAUGUUGUGUUACCACUUGUUACGGUGA